AGUUUAAUACCAGGGAAAUACCAGGCCCUAUGUUACAAUCUCCAAGAGCUGGUGUUAUUUUACGGAACAAGAGUCGCACUUCUUCUGUCCUCGAUGGUUUUAACCUUUCAGUAUACUCCGGUUCUUCUAUCCCCUCAGAUGAAAGCCGUCGGUGAAUGGUGAUGGACUACGGCCGUUGGGACCCUUGUGACUUUAUAGUCUCCCCCGGUGUUAGAGGUACUACUGGCUACAGGUCGUCAAGAAGCGGUAGGACCAGCGUUGCUUGCCAACCUCUAAAUAAUUAUCAGGACCAGAGAAGCUUCUCUAUCGCUGGCGGACACCUACCUUCUGCCAAGAGAAAUAUCUCGAAAUCAACUAGAAAUUUGUCGCUUUCUAACAGAAUCUGCGAACUAAAGAAUGGGGACGGCAGAAAAAGAUCCCUUUCUCAAACCAGCCAACGCUCCAGAAGGGCGUCCUCCUACAACCAAGAAAAUACCUUCCACACCAGAAAACUGUCCAGAAAGCUGUCCAAAUCAAGUGUAACAAUCUGUUUCUCAAACAGGACCAUCUCCAACACAAACAGUAAUAAAAGUGCCCACUACUCUAAUGCAAACCUGGAUGAUAACACCUCAACUGAAGUGGACAGAGACAGCUACAAUGUCCCCAAAUCGGAGGAAAUCAGCAUAUGCAUUGCAGACAAACUGGAAGAACAGAUGCUGAACGGGGAAGUUGUUGAACCACUGGAUGUGAAAGUGAAAGAGAAUUUUUUGUUGGCAGAUAAAGUGAAAGAGAGACUAACAUUUGAGGAUGGACUGGAGAGUAGGAGUAGCAGCUGCUCACUUCCCAGAAUCAGACCUAGAGGAUUGUCCAGUACACGAGCCACCCUGGGGCUGGACACACUUUCCCGGAAUUCAAGAAUAUCUACUUAUUCGGACGGGAGCAUGCCUGCCAGGUCUUUCUGUGAUGAGAUGAGUUGCUGUAAAAGCUACCUGGGGAAGAACAAUGAAGUUAAGAUGACAUCGAACUUACCGGAGUGUUUCUUCAGAUGUCUCAUCAUGACCACAUUCCUAGCAUUCUACAUGUGCAUAGGAGCUGCCAUAUUCUGUGCGAUAGAACGGGAAGAAGAAAAGGAGCAUUCUAGAGAAAUGAUUGAAAUGUGGGACAAAUUUCAGAAGGAGAACUCCAUACCACAGGAGAAGAUGGAUAAGUUCCUGCACAAACACUACGAGAUGUGCGAGAUGGGGGAUCACAACCACGAGGGUAACAACAUCCAGUGGGACUAUGUUUCCAGCCUCUUCUUCACUGGCACUAUCCUCACCACUAUCGGUUACGGACAUAGCUCUCCAGCGACACUUGGAGGACGAGUAUUUACAAUAUUCUACGCCAUCGCUGGGAUUCCCUUCAUGUUGGGAUUGUUAAACGUGGUGGCAGAAAUUUUGCUGACAACGCUGAAAAUAAUAAAAAGCAAAUUUAAGAAGAAGCCGUAUCCUGAUGUUUUUCAUCACGAGGUGUUUAUUUCUGCGUUGGCGUGUGUGGUUGCGCUGCUCAUUUUCAUGACUUUCGUCUUCAAAGUGCAGGAGUCCUCGUGGACGUACGAGCAAAGCAUCUACUUCAGCUUUAUCACCAUGACUACUAUAGGGUUCGGUGAUUUUGUUCCAGCACAGGUAAACGUUGAGAAUAACUCGCCCACCCUCAUAACCCGGGAGUUCCUGAACUUGAUCCUGAUCUUUGUGUCGGUUCUGGUCUGGUACUUUCUCUCCCAAGUCAGCGCUCAGGUCCUCAAAGUACACCUAAAGGGGCUCUACCGGAAACUCGAAUCCAAAUCCUCCUUUUUUAAUAAGACUAAUAAUAAAUACCCUGAAAUUGAGGCAAACCACCAGGUGGACGGAGAUUCAGACGACCCGGAAAUUGGUCCGGAUCGGUGCACUUGUAACUGCACGUGCGGAUACGACCACAUGACGGACUCCGCAAGUGGUGUCCUGGAUACUCACUCGGCUGUCAGCGACCGGAGCAUGGCCGAGUUUCAACAUCCAAACAACAACUUAGAGUGCAUCAAGGACGAUGAUGACGGCGAGCUGGAUUACGACGAUCAAAGUUCAGUUUCGUCUGUCCAGUCUUCAGAAAACAAUACUUCCCAUAACAUAGACUUCUCCCCUCGGCUUCAGCCAGAUCAGGUGGCCGAGCCUUCAGAAACUCCUCUAAAAAUACCCUCCAUAGUAAUCACUCCGGUGGACCCCAGCGCUAAGCUAUCCAGUAACACUAAUAAAGAGAACGCAGCGUACAGCACCCUUCUGAACUCAGAAAAUGUAGAUCACCCCUGUGACUCAGGCAAAGGGAGUAGCGAGAUCACAACCUUCACGUGCCAAACUAACGAUAUAAUCAGUAACAAUAUUUCCCCCUCUCAAAGCUCAGACUCCCUCAGUUCAAACUCCAGUGGGGUUUUCUCAGACUCCCUCUCCAAAGCUGGAGUUUAUGUGAACGGGGGGUUUAUGCCCUCAACGCCACGAAUGAAGCGGUCUAAAAGCGAGGAAGUUGGCAGUAGUUCCUUUAUUUCUAGUAUCAGCAUUGGGAGUAAGGGAAUUAGACGCAUUUCUAGGAGUUUGACAGAUUUAGCUUUCAGUAAUAAGCCCUACAAGCAUUUAGAUGAACGUAGAUUGAGUGGCGUAGAAUAUAGUAGAAAGGUCGAAAGUUUUAGUAUACAUACCAAAGUUUUCGACGACAUGAUGAAAUCUUAACCGGUUUCGCUUUUCAAUAUUUGCUUUCAUUUUAAUAAGGGUACUCGAGCCGAUUUUCAGGCUUUCAUCACAGAAGAUUUUGAUUUCGGGUUGCUAGCUUUUGUUUUUAACUAAUGGUUAACGUGGGCUUCAAUGAAUUAUGUAAAUUCUUUGGAGGUGAUCUAAGAACAGCGUCUUUGGAUGUUGAUUUACCGUUUAUUGUUUUUGCUGCUGUUCGUUUAAAAUGUGAGGAACACUGAUCGCCCUUAAAGUCAGGUUAAAAGGAUUUUCUUCAAAAUAACUAAUUUUUGUAAUCUCCGUAGACGGUUGGGCGAUCAAUGUUAUAAUCCAUGUAAAAUAGGACACGUAGCUAAUUUUCAAAGGUGACCCCGGUCGAUUGUGGCACUCCAGUUUUAUUUUUAGAGGUGCAGUCGGAUGAAACUAACCCAAAUAUGAUAUCAUCGGUCUAAUAAUUGGGGGGUCGACUGAAGCACCGAAAGAGUUACCGCCAGAAAUGUCAUCUAUGAAAUUACGAGUUGGGAAUUCACUAUGUAUUGGUUCACUUAUAAAGAAUCCCCAACUUAAUUAAAUUAUAGAUGGCACUUUGCAAUCUCCCUUUCGAUCCUUUUUCAAUUAUCCAAUUGAUCGAUCAUUGAUAUCACAUAUGCGUAAAAGAAAUGUUUCAAUAAUUAUGUGGAAUUUAAAACGUGCUUUUUUAGAACUUACUGUCUUCCACUCGCUAAAAAAUUAUGUCAAUACACUGUUAUUACCACUAGCUACUUGUUAAUCAACCGGGAAUUAGCCGAUAAUUUGUUUAUUUUAAAUUUAAUGGCCCUCUAAUUAUUUAAAAGCGCUAUUCAGAUGUUCACAUUUGAGCAUCGUUCUAAUGCCCAUGACACUGUCAGAAAAACGUUACAUCGCAAUUAAUUUCUUCGAUAAAUGAUACUUAUAACUUAUGUAAGUAUGAAAUAUAUGUUAAUUGGCUCUGGUUUUUAGGUUUAACUAUAACAGAUUUCAAUUUUGAAUUAAUUUAAGUUACGUCAUAACAGAAGAACAAUAUGACAUUUGCAGGAGCAGUAUUGAAAAACUGGAUUUGUGGGAAUGAUUAAAAACGUUAAAAAUGAGAAUUUAAGUCCUACUCUUUUGAAUACUAUUCUAUUAGGAACCAAUACUUUAACCACCGACUAUCGUAUCGAACUAAACACUGAUUAUUUCUUUUUCAUGCCUUCACGACAUUUUAAUCUUAACAGAAUAGCAUUUUUCAGAUAUUUAAUUGUCAAAUUUAUAGCGAGAAUUGUUAUACAUUAACAUGCUAUCCCGUGUCCGUGUAUCGAAUUGGGGUCUUUCCUGGUGCAUUUACUAUUAAUUUAAAAAUUCAAUACGUUGGAUCUUGUCAUUAGGUAAUAGAGUAUUAUCAUGAUGUC